AUGGCUGAUGCGCUCAUUUCCAUGCUGCUGGAACGGUUGGCCUCGACAUCUUAUGAAUACAUAGAAGGAGAGCUGAAACAUGUUUUGAACGUUAAGGAAGAUGUUGAGAAAUUCACUGGGACUCUGGAAGUUAUUCAAGCCGUGCUUGAGGAUGCAGAGCAAAGGCAAGUGAUGGAGGCAAGUGUCAAAAUCUGGUUGGAUAAGCUGAAAGAUAUAUCCUACGAGAUGGUGGAUGUGCUGGAUGAGUGGAACACAGACAUUCUCAAACAACAAGUUGAGAAGCAAGAAAGAGAAGGUGAUCCAAAUGCUCUUGUUACAAAGAAGAAGGUACGUUUCUCUAGUUUCUCCCGUUGCUUUUGUUUUGGCAAAGUCAGUCGGCUGAUUCUUCGCCGUGACAUUGCUCUGAAAAUAAAAGAUCUGAAUGAUAAGUUAACUGAGAUUUAUGAGGAAAGAAAAAAGUACCAGUUCCUACGCAAAGAAUUAGGCAUUCAACAACCUCAAAAACCUCAACGACCUCAAACUGCAUCUUAUGUCAAUAUGUCUGAGAUAUUUGGUCGUGAAAAGGAACAGAAUAUUUUGAUAACAAAGUUGUUGGGUGAUAGUAGUGAAGAAGAAAAGGGGCUCCUUAUCAUCCCUAUUGUAGGGAUGGGAGGCGUGGGAAAGACAACUCUGACCCAACUAGCCUAUAAUGAUGACCGAGUCAAAACCCAUUUUGAUAUGAGGCAAUGGGUUUGUGUUUCAGACCCUUUUGAUGAGAUUAAGAUUGCCAAAGCCAUUAUUGGUAAAGACGCCCCAAAUUCAAAUGAGUUGAAUGAGGUGUUGCGAUGUAUGUCUGAAUUUAUCCAUGACAAAAGUUUUCUCCUUGUCCUGGAUGAUGUAUGGACCGAUGAUCCUAAAAAGUGGGAACAAUUAAAGGUACCAUUAAUCCAAAGUGGUGCUGAAGGCAGCAGAAUAUUGGUGACCACAAGAAAACAUGAGGUUGCUAAAAUGAUGAGAGCAACAAGAAACAUGAUCAAUCUGGGAGGGUUGAGUGAUGAAUAUUGUUUGUCAAUCUUCAAUCACAUGGCCUUUUUGGAUAGGGUUGUAGAUGAGUCUAAGGCUUUUGAUGAUAUUAGUAAGAAAAUUGUAAGGAAGUGUAAGGGUUUGCCUCUUGCUGCAAAGACUUUAGGUAGUCUCAUGCAGAAUAAGAGAACAAUGAGAGAAUGGAAAGAGGUUUUGAAUAGUAAGAUAUGGGAUCUAGAGAAGGUCGAGCAAGAUGUUUUCCAACCCCUGUUCCUAAGUUAUUAUGAUUUGGACCCCACAAUUAAAUGUUGCCUUUUAUAUUGUGCUACUUUUCCUAAAGAUUACAUGUUUCAACGAGAUGAUUUGAUUAAACUUUGGAUGGGCACAAGACUAUGUUAUUUCGAAAGGGAAUAA